AGGGCCAGGUGUUAGACAAACAGAUCAAAGGUGAGACAGUGUGCAAAUCCAGACCAGGCCUGGACAGCUGGACGGGUGCACCAUGAGGCUGCUGAUCCUCUUGGGCCUGCUGUGGGGCUCGGCAGCCACAACCGUGGGCCCGCAGUGGCCCAAGCCCAUGUUCGGGCGCCUGGCAUCUCCUGGCUUCCCAGGGAAGUAUGCCAACAACCAGGAGCAGCGCUGGACCCUGACAGCACCCCCUGGUUACCGCCUGCGCCUCUAUUUCACCCACUUCAACCUGGAGCUCUCCUACCUCUGCGAGUACGACUUUGUCAAGCUGAGCUCAGGAACCAAGGUGCUGGCCACGCUGUGUGGGUGGGAGAGCACAGACACGGAGCGGGCCCCUGGCAACGACACCUUCUACUCGCUGGGCUCCAGUCUGGAUGUCACCUUCCGCUCUGAUUACUCCAACGAGAAGCCGUUCACGGGCUUUGAGGCCUUCUACGCAGCAGAAGACAUCGAUGAGUGCCAAGUACCCCCAGGAGAGGCACCCACCUGCGACCACCACUGCCACAACCACUUGGGCGGCUUCUACUGCUCCUGCCGUGCGGGCUAUGUUCUCCAUGGGAACAAGCAUACCUGCUCAGCCCUGUGCUCAGGCCAGGUCUUCACUGACCGGUCUGGGGUGAUCAGCAGCCCUGAAUACCCACAGCCGUACCCCAGACUCUCCAGUUGCACCUACAGUAUCCGCCUGGAGGAGGGGUUCAGUGUCAUCCUGGACUUCGUGGAUUCCUUCGACGUGGAGACUCACCCUGAAACCCGGUGCCCUUACGACUCCCUCAAGAUUCAAACAGACAAACAGGAAUACGGCCCAUUUUGUGGGAAGACAUUGCCUAGCAGGAUUGAAACCAAGAGCAACUCUGUGACCAUCACCUUUGUUACCGAUCAAUCCGGGGACCACACAGGCUGGCAGAUCCACUACACCAGCACAGCCCAGCCUUGCCCUGAUCCGGUGGCGCCACCUAAUGGCCACAUCUCACCUGUGCAAGCCAAGUACAUCCUGAAAGACAGCUUCUCCGUCUUUUGCGAGACUGGCUACGAGCUUCUGCAGGGUCAUUUGCCCCUGAAAUCAUUUGCUGCAGUCUGUCAAAAAGAUGGAUCUUGGGACCAGCCGAUGCCAGAAUGCAGCAUCGUUGACUGUGGCCCUCCUGAGGACCUCCCCAAUGGCCAAGUGGAGUAUCUCACAGGUCCUGAAGUGACCACGUACAAAGCUGUGAUUCAAUACCGCUGUAACGAGACCUUCUACACGAUGAGAGCAGAUGAUGGUAAAUAUGUGUGUGAGGCUGAUGGAUUCUGGACGAGCUCCAAAGGAGAAAAAUCACUCCCAGCCUGUGAGCCUGUUUGUGGAAUAUCAACUCGUACUACAAGGGGUCGCAUAUAUGGAGGUCAAAAUGCACAGCCUGGUGAUUUUCCUUGGCAAGUCCUGUUACUGGGUCAAGGUACAGCGGCAGGUGCCCUUCUGUACGACAGCUGGAUCCUGACAGCUGCUCAUGCUGUUUACGGGCACAAAGAAGAUGCCUCCUCCCUGGACAUCAGAAUGGGUGCCCUUAAGAGGCUGUCACCUCAUUACACACAAGCCCGGGCAGAGGCCAUUUUUAUACAUGAAGGUUAUACUCAUGAUGCUGGUUUUGAUAACGACAUAGCACUGAUUAAAUUGAGGGACAAAGCUGUCAUCAAUAGCAACAUCCUGCCUGUUUGCUUGCCAAGAAAAGGAGCUGAAUCCUUCAUGACGACAAAUGACAUUGGAACUGCAUCUGGAUGGGGAUUAACCCAAAAGGGCUUUCUUGCCAGAAAUCUAAUGUUUGUUGACAUUCCAAUUGUUGACCAUCAAAAAUGCACUGCUGCCUAUGAGAAGACGCCCCACCGAGGGGCGAGAGUAACUGAUAACAUGCUCUGUGCUGGCUUAGAAAGUGGGGGCAAGGACAGCUGCAGAGGUGACAGUGGAGGGGCAUUAGUGUUUCUAGAUAAUGAGACACAGAGGUGGUUUGUGGGAGGAAUCGUGUCCUGGGGUUCCAUUAAUUGUGGCAAAGCAGAUGAGUAUGGGGUCUACACAAAAGUCAUUAACUAUAUUCCUUGGAUCAAAAAAAUAAUUGAUAGUUUUUAAUUUGUAUAUCUUCCAUCAGUAAAUGAUUCCUUUAAAAAAAAACACCUAUAAAAGAUCUUAGCAGUAAUGUGACCUGACAAACAUUAACACAGUAGUCUGUCGGUUACCAGAUCCCGAUUGUCACCCUUUACUGAUAUGAGGGGACAUACACCAUUACGGUGAUACCCAUCUUUGCCAAUGCAAUAGAAAUUCACUGGUGAACCGUGCAUUGAAUUACUUACAAAGUCCAGUAUCUUCUUGUACUGGUCUUUUUGUUUGCAGUGCUGGAAACUCCCUGUUCAUAUUCUUCAACUAUUUUUUUUUGUUUUUGGGCUUGUUCUUAUUGCUCUCCAAGACAGCUUUAUAUAUUACAGUAAUACUGGUUCAGGAAUAACCUUGAAUCAUGGAUUUUUUUGUAGAUGAACUGAAAACAUCAAUACUUCAGCCUAGGUACUGGUUUCCAUGUUAAAAACCAAUACCACAAAACAGUGAGAUAUAAUUUUUCACUCAUCAAAUUGACAGACAAAAAGGACAUGGAAUAGCACUAAUUCACAUUGUCAAAGACAACAUUCUAAAGGACAAUUUGGCAACAUAUGUCUAAAGCAUUGAAAGCCUGCCUAGUCUUUGACCUAGUAAUUCCAAUGUUACGAAUUUAAUUUAGCUACGAGGAUGAGCCCAGCAGUGGGACAGAACCUAAAUAAUGCUCAAUUCAGGAGACCGCUGAAUGUGGCAUUUCCAUAAGACGAAAUACAUUAGAAAUAAAUGGUGGUAUUAUAAA